CAGUCUCUUACGCUUCUCUUUCCUGCUGUCUGAGAAACCACUGUUUUCUUCUUUGUUGUUCUUUCCAACACCAUGUCUCCACUUGAAUCGCAGCUCCGUCAGAUCGCCGACUCUUUCCUUGCAGCUUUCAAGGAUCUUUCUACGGCCGAUAGUCUCGCCUUGCGUGCACCAGGAUGCCUCCAGAUAUUCGCUCCAGCCUCUCUAAAUCCACCUGCACCCAAGACCAACGAGGCAUUUGGCGAACACAUGGACAAAAGUUUGCGACCACUGAUGGACCAUUUCCCCAUUACAGCAAAAGAGAUUUAUAUCAAUGAGACUGGGAGACAGAUCACUAUCUGGGCAAACGCUACGCCAAUCUUCAAGAAGGAGGCUAUGGGGUCAGAGUUGCAAGAGGCGUGGCAUUAUACAGGAGAGUACAUCUUCAUCUUAGACGUUGAUGAAAACGGGAAGAUCCAGAGGAUAUUGGAGUUUCUGGAUAGCUUAGGUACUGAAAGGUUGAGAGGUAUGAUGGUUAAGGCGAAGGAGAAUCUUGGCCAAUCAGGGAAAGCUUUCUGACCAUAUUAGACAGCAUAGUAGAAUGAAUCGCCGCAGUAUGAUUGGUUUAGAC